CUCAUCAUUUAGCCAUUUAAUCAGGUCAGUUACACAAUUCUUGACUUCUAUAUUUUUUUCUUCCUUCGUCCUUCUGGUCUCUAACUUAUUUUUAUUGAACUGCUCAAUUACCUUAUUAUAUUCCUAUUUUUUCAUGAGGGCGAUUCGGCAUACAUUAUCUAUCAUUGGAAAUGCGAUAACAUAAAUAGAAACUCACUAAAGUCCCUCACUCCUUUCUGCCACUCUAACAUUCUGUCUCUCUCCUCUAUUUACAGCACACCUCGAUCAUCCCUAGCCAUGAAAGGAUGCGUCUCUUAGCCAAGUCCUGGAGGAGAAAGGGAGAGAGAAAGAGAGCGAGAGAAUCAAAACCAAACUCCAACGGAGGACAUCCGCUGAAGCAAAAGAAGAGUGAUGAAAAAAAAAUGCGGACGGCGAUAGAGCGAGAUUGGGAAGCACAUUGGCCGGUUUCAUACCCUCUGAUCUCCUGAGGAGCAGAGGGAGUGUUGGCGGGGAUUCGAGAGAGGGGGAGAGGGACAAGUCGAGAGAGAGCGAGGUCCGUUGUUAAUGGAGUUGGGAUGGAUGGACGGCCUGCAUUCAUCCCAGCUCUGCCCGGUUGCUGGUUCCAUCAUCAGCCCUAUCAAGACUUCAUUUCUUUGGACACUAUACGGAACGAGCGCACAAAAGAACUGAAGUGUGCAGUUAACCAGACUCACACGCAAGGGCAGGUGCAAGACAUUUCUUAGAUUCUUCUUCUUGUUCUUCUUCUUCGUCUUCUUAGGUUUUAUCUACGUUGUCGAUUGAAUGUUGUGACCAAAGCUUUCUGCUUGAGUGUUCUACUUAUUCGGAAGGAGACAAGCUUUUUUACUUUUUCCUCGGUUAAGCAUCCUUCACCGAGUUCCAUACCUGUUAUGCUUUAUUUGCAAUACUUAUAAAUACAAUAUACUCUAAAGCUGUGAUUAUUCCAAACUGUGUACAACAAGGCUACCAAUCGACGCUAUCAACGUGAAAUAAGACUACUGAACGCAAUCAAACGAAUAGUCACCGCACCCCCCAUCUAUUGUGUGAUGGAACGGGGAUUUCGCCAAAUGACAUCUAAAUGUCUCUUGUGGUCGUAAUAAAUAUCCAAUAAAGCAGGGAGCGUAUCUCAUUUACUACACAGUAACACAGAAAGACUUUUGUCAUAUCAAAGUGCUUGCCGGGGCCUGUGGAUGUCGGGGGUUAGUGACAAACAGAAGACAUGGUGAGCAAAGAGCCUAACCAAUUGAUCACAGGCCACACAAACAGCAAGAGCACCUUGGCCUUGGACAAGCUGCCCGGCACUAUGACUGUGCGCUCUGUGCUGCUAAACCGAGACUCCCCGGACAUCGAGAGCCGGCUGAAGAGACGCCGCAAUCGCACCCACCAGGUCCGCUUCAAGGACCUGGAGGAUGGCAGCAGUAGCAGCAGUGGCAAUGGUGGCACGGCCGAGUCCAAGAGCCAGUCGAGGGGCUGUACGACGGAGUCCAAGAGCCAGUCGAGAGGCUGUACGACGGAGUCCAAGAGCCAGUCGAGGGGCUGUACGGCGGAGACCAAGAGCCAGCAGAGGGGGGUUACGGCGGACUUCAAAAGCCAACAAAGGGGGCUCACAGAUUAUGGCAGCCCUCAUCCCACCCGCAAGCAGAGCAGCAGUAGCAGGGUCCAUCGGGGGUGGGCGGACCGGGACGGGCCGGGUUGUGCGGCUCUGCCCGGGAGGACCUCGGUUGUGGGGGCAGUGCGAGGGGAUAUGGCAGAUACCAUAGAAGUAGUGGCUGCCUUCUUAGCGAGGGCCCCACCUCACCCAUUAACUCCAGGACCCACGCGUCGCUGCUGGAUCCCACCUCAGGCCAAUUCUUUAACUUUGCCAAUGACGCGAAAGUCCACCACGAGCACCAGCACAGCCAUACAGACUUCCCCAUGCCUAAAGAAGCCCCAGUCGCACUCCUCGAACCGCACACACAGCUACAGCCUGAGGGAUUCGGUGGGUGUGGAUGGGGAUGACGAGCAGGACUCCCAGGAUGAGUAUCUGGGCAACAACCAUGGAUCGGCUGCACGAUCCAGGAAGGACUUUGUUUCUCCUGAGACGCAGCAGCAGACAGUGGCCGUGCGGGAGGUCAAGACCCAGAGGUCAGACGGUGAAGCAUCUGUUGCUUUGUUGAGAAACUCUAGACAUGGUUGCCCUCCGCAAACCCUCCGCCACGCGGAACCCUGCUAUUGCUCAUCUGUGACCUGUCGAGAGGGCUCCAGGCGCCCAGGGAGCACUACCCCGUCUCUGGUUCGGAGGAGGAAGCGGCUAAACAGGGCCAUAAGUGACCCAGGGAAAGAGGUGUCCUUCUGCACCACCCCGACACAAACUGACAGUCCCACUCCUUUACGGUCACCCACAAAAGCUGAAGUCUGCACCACUGAGGUCCAGACUAGGAGCCCUUGUCAUUCUCCUCCACCUCCAGAGCAAAAACACUGCAUUGCCCAAAGUCCAACAAAGAGACCGAUUGUAUGCCCAUCUCCAUUUGCUGUAGAAAAACAACGCUCCGCCCAAAGUCCAGUAAAGAAACCGAUUUUAUGCUCAUCUCCAUUUCCUGUAGAAAAACACAGCUCCACCCAAAGUCCAACAAAAGGUUCAUGUCCAUCUCUACCUCCAGAACAGAAAGACGGCACCAUCCAAAGUCCAGUGAAAAGGUCAUGCCCAUAUCCAACGCGAGAACCUAAACACUGUAACACCCAAGUCCAAACUGACGGCCCUUGUCCAUCUCCAGCUCCAGAACAAAAACAUAACGCAGCAUACACAACAAAGAGUGUAUUCUCAUCAUCAAUCCCUGAUGGAAAACCCUGUACCACCCAAAUCCCAAACAAAAAAUCAGGUCAAUGCCCAGUUCGAAAUCCUACACAUUGUACCACUCAGGUCCAAACCGAUAGCCCAUGUCAAUUUCCAUCCCUCAAUCAAAAACACAGUCCCACUCAAAGUCCAACAAAGAGUGUAGUCCCAUCGUUUCUAGAUGUAAAACCCUGCCCCACUCAAAGUCCAAUAAAGAGUGUAGUCCCAUCGUUUCUAGAUGUAAAACCCUGCCCCACCUCAAGUCCAAUAAAGAGUGUAGUCCCAUUGUUUCUUGAUGUAAAACCCUGCCCCACCCAAAGUCCAAUUAAGAGUAUAGUCCCAUCAUUUCUUAAUGAAAAACCCUUCACCUCCCAAAGUCCAACAAAGAGUGUAGUCCCAUCAUUUCUUAAUGAAAAACAAUGCACCACCGAAAGUCCAACAAAGAGUGUAGUCCAAUCGUUUCAUAAUGAAAAACCAUGCACCACCCAAAGUCUAUCAAAGAGUUCAUGCCCAUCUCUACCUUUAGAACAAACAACCUACACAGCAAAAAGUCAAGUAGAAAACCAUCAUCCGUUGCCAUCAAACCAUAAACAAUGCAACACCCCAGAACAAACUGAGACACCCUUCCCUUAUCCUUCAACUAGUCAACCCUGCAGCAAAAAGGCCCCAAUUAACAACCUUGUCUCGUCACUAGAUGUAACAAUGAAUCCAAGCUCAGCAGUCAUUCAACCUGAGAACUUGUCUAUGCCCAGUACUUCUCUACCCCCAGUGCAGUGUCAUGAAGGCACCAAAAUCAAUACUGUGCCUUAUCUUCCUACCCCUCCGUCUACAAUCGCAACCACACCGACGCCCCAAUCUUGCGCCCUCUCCCCUUUCCCUCCAUCAGCCAGGCCGGUGUGCUCCACUUCGGGUCCCACUCCCUCAGCUCCACCCCCUGGCAUGCCUUGCCCCACUACGGCCCUUAUACUAGACCCAAAAUCGGUCCCUUAUUAUACUGUGGUGUCGCCGCUAGAUCCUGCCAAGGCAGCAGCUGUCAGCUUCAGUCCUUCCCCUAUAACAUGUCUUGAGGAGAUUGCUAAGGCUUCUUUCUCGACCAUUAGGCCAUCCGCAUCCAUCUCUUGCUCCACCAUUACCCCAGGCGCAGCCCCUCCUAUCAUUCCGAAUGGACCCAUCAUUGCUUCCCCUACUGGCCCAAAUGCAAAAAUCCCAGCUACACCUCUACCUAAUCAACCAUCAAACAACACACCACAACCACAUCCAUCCCCUUGUACGUUUGUCACCCAAACUUCUUUGUCGUGCACUUCAAUAUCAUACUACACCACCACACACCCGACCGGGCUCACUGGCCUCCACUCGAGCUCCACGUUGCCCCCUUAUGCCACUGUGAUACAGACAGUAUCCCACUGUAAAAUCCCAUGUCAAAGUGGCCAAACCAUCUCUGCUGCACACCCAGGAAUCCCACCUUAUUCUUCCCCGGUUCCAAAGCUUAAGUCAUGCACAUCUCCACCCUUACUCAUUCAGACGUACGCAUCCACCCUCCAUAGCGUGCAGUCCUGUGCCACUCCAAGCAAGGCCGCUCCCUUAUAUUCUUCCACUUUUCGGGCUGCACCGCCGUACACGCCCCCAUCUCAGGACAAGAAGGCUGUUCGACUCCCGCCGCCACCCCCACCCCCACCUCCACCCUACACCCCACGCAAAGAGGACAGCACCACUCCAGGCUCUGGAACCAGACCCAACACACCCGGGACGAGCUGCAAAGAAAAAGAAAGCGAGAAGGAGAACAGGCAAGAUUUGACAGAAACAAAGUCACCCCAAAGUCUGUGUAGGAGAGCCAGCUCUCUGAGGCACAGAGCUGCAACCCCUCCAGUUUCUGUAAUUAAAGAAGGGAAGCAGUCCUACACUUUGCCUGCCAAGGCCUGUUCUAGGCCCAGCUGUCUCAGCUCAGCCCAAGCUCAGCUGGGGGCGUUACACAAGAUGCUCUGCUCAGGAGCCAACACGAGGUCCAUCGCCUCCAGUAGCCAGCAAGCCCUCCCUCCGAGCCAGCAGGACUCUGGCUCCGUCUCCGGGGGUCAGCCGACAGCAGGACCCCUAACUGCUACCCAGGCCGAGACUUUAAGGCAGGUCCAAGAGAUUCUGGGGGGGCUGGUGUCCGGAGCCAGGUGCAAACUGGACCCGUCCAGGGUGGCGGAGA